AUGGCACCCAAACGACCCGCCGAAUCGUUGGCUAGACCCAAGUAAGUACACAAACACCCGAACUGAUCCCAGAACCCUCACAUCGCUGGGUGUAAGGACGGACGCCAAGCCCCGCCAAAGCUUGCUCAACCGAUCCAACUCCCUCGCCCCACCCCCUUCAUCGCAGUGCGUCCUCCUCCUCCUCUUCGGCCACGACCCAGCCCUCCUCUUCAACCGGAGGCAAGCGAGUCAAGUUCGACGCUGCGACCCUGCACGCUACCAACUCGGGUGGUGCGACCGCGUGCGCGACCGAAGCCGAAUUGGAAGAGGAUGACCUCCUCAACCCGUCUACAGCGCGCAAGAAGGUCGUCACGGACGGGUACGAUUCCGAUUCGAGCGCGGAUGGCUCCGAGGAUGGGUUUGGUGGGGUCGGGGGCGGAAGGAAAGGGAGGAAAGGAACGGGCGCGGAGAAGGAGGGGCAGGGCCAGGGGGAAGAGGAGGAUGAUGAUAUGUUCGACGGUGGACCCGACGAGGGGGAGGGCGUAGCCAAGCGAAACGUCGCGGAGAAGAGCAAGAAGAAAGAGUUCCUGGAGAUGGGCGAUAUCGAAGGGCAGGAAUUUGGCAAGGGGGAAGAUGAGGAGGAGGGGCAGGACGGCGGAGGGGACGCUCUGGCGGAGGAGGACGAAGAGGAGGAGUAUGCGCUCGAAGACGAUCUGGCGAAUGAUGAUGAUGCGCCGAGGAGUAGGAGGAGUAAGAAAGGGAUGGGCUACCAGCUGAGGUAGGGUUCCUCGUUGAGGGGCUUUUGGACACGGGGAACGAAGCUGAUCUGAUCCUUAUCUGUCGCCCGCCCUUCCCCCCCACUCAGCUCGUUCAACAUGGCCGACGAACUCAACGAAGGCCGCUUCUCCGCCGACGGGACCUACGUACGCAACAACGACGACCCCCUAGCAACCCACGACAAGUGGCUCGACGGGGUGAGCAAAGCCUCCAUCCGCGCUGCACGCGAAUCCAAGAAACGGAUGGACGAGCAAGCGCGGAAGAAGGAGGAAGAGGAAGCGAGAGGCGCCGAGGCGAUGGCUCAACAGAGGGAUGACUGUUUGAUUGGCUUGCUGGGCUUGGUCAGGCCUGGGGAGAGUAUUACGAUGGCGCUGAAUCGAUGGGGCAAGAGGAGGAGAAAGGUCGCGAAGAAGGUGGUGCGACCCAAGGUCAGGGACGGGGAUGAGGCGAUGGAUCUGGACGAACAACCUACGACGUCGUCGGAAGUGUCGAAGGGGAAACAAAGGGAGGAAGAAGAAGCAGAGGACGUUGAUCCGGCAGUGAAGAUGAUUGAUCGCAUCACCUACCUCGCUUCGACCUUACUCGCCCAAGGCGAAUUGGAGAUCUACGAUACCUCGUACGAAGCGAUCAUUCAAACGCUCAAGGAGGAGGGCGCGGUCAGGAGAGAUUGGGUCCCACCCGUGGAUCCUGAUAUCGCCAAGGAGGAAGAGGAAGAACGAUUGGCGUUAUUGGCUCAACCGAGAAGAGGGUUGAUUGCGAGACCCAACGUCGUUACGGCAAGACCCUCUACUUCGACACCACAAGCGGUUGCGACGACCGUGAAUCCGAACGGGAAAAAGUUUUUCUAUAAAUGGAAGGUCCCCCAGGCGGGUCAAGUGCCGAGUCAGGAGUAUGGACCUUUCGGCACGGAGGAGAUUGAGACGUGGAUUCAGGGAGGAUUUUUGGGACCCCAGGGAGCGAACAUUGUGGUGAGGGUCGAGGGACAGGGCGGGCAGGCUUGGACGAGUUGGCAGGAGGCCAAAGUGUAG